AUCCGCUAUUUCAGCUAGCUUCUAAUUCUUAGAAGACGGCUAGCUGUAUCGCUCGUGUUUUGUUUACCUUUGUGCCUGCUGAUUUUGUCCUAAAAUGACUAAAUUACAGUUACUAAACUCACUUUUGAUCAAACAGUUGGAAGUAACUGUUCAAGAGGUAAUGCGGAUGGUCAAUGACACGGUGGCAGAGUAUAUAGAGGAGACUGCGCGAGCCAAGUGUGAGAAUGCAAGGUUAAGGAAGAAGCUUCGAGAAAUUACGUUGGUUGCCGCACCAGAAGCCACCAGCAACCCUUUUUCCAUCUAUGAUGUUGAGGAUGAGCAGGGUGAGUCUUUUCAGUCUCUGGUCCAGAAUCGGGUUGUGGACGGAGAUGCCCAGCCAAAGGAGAGCCAGGAGCAGAACCCAGAGCCUGGGCUAGACAUAGAGGUAAAGACAGUUUUCCCGAAUCAUCAGAAACUGGGGCAGGAGUUAGAGAUCAAAAUGGAGACUCACAGGCUCAUCGUCCAGCCAAAAAAGGAACCUGUCGCUGAAUCUGAAGCUGUUGACUCUUACCAUGUUAGCAAUAGCGACAUCUUGCCCGGUGCAGCCUUUAACACUGCACCCCCCGUACACCAGGUUCUCUUGGCUGGAAUGGAUGUGGAGUGUAGUUUCCCAGCAGUUGAGGUAGAGAUGGGCAUUGGUGACACGCAGAUCAACACACAGAUUGCCAGGGGAGGCAAACAUGGCCGCGUCUCCUGUCGAGGCAAGCAGUCUGCACAUUCCUUUGCUGCCCAGGCCCAAAAGGGCAUACAUUGUAGUAGAAACAGGACAUACCUCUGUGGCUGGUGCGGCAAGGCUUUCUACAACAGGCAAGACCUGGAGCGGCAUGAACGGGUCCACACUGGGGCGAAACCAUUCCAGUGCUCCUUCUGUGAAAAGAGCUUCUCGCUAUUUUGUAACAUGAAGAGACAUGAGCGACUGCACACUGGUGAGAGACCAUUUUGUUGCCCUGAGUGUGAGAAGACAUUUGCUGACCAGAGCUCGCUCCGGAACCAUAUGAGUUCUCACGUGAGAUAUCGAGAGUUAACUUCAUGAAGUAGCUGAGAUCUGGACAGGGCUACACUUCAAGCAGAUCAUGUACAUACACUACCGUUCAAAAGUUUUGGGUCACUUAGAAAUGUCCUUGUUUUUGAAAGAAAAGCAAAUUUUUUGUCCAUUAAAAUAACAUCAGAAAUACA